AUGACAGAAUAUUUUACACCAUCCUUUAUUAGUAACUCAUCGUGUACAGAAAUGAAAAACCCAUCCAAUAAAAUUGAUAAUUUUCUAUUUGGAAACAAACUUAAGAAGAUAUAGAAACUAAAUAAAAAACAGCUGAUUUCAAAUUUAGAUCAUUUGAGAAUCGUUCAAUCCAUCAUUCUAGGGAUGAGAAUAAAUAGCAAUACUUUAAAUCAACCGUAAGUGAAUCAGAUUCGAUUAACAUUUAAACAUAUCGAAGUAACUUCCAAUUGCAACAUAAUAAAUUGAU